AUGACUAGAUUGCUAAAGGUCGCAGCUGCCCAGGUUGGCAAAAUUGAUAUUGAUACUCCUUACGAAGAGGUGGUUCAGCGCAUGAUUGCGCUGCUGGAUCAGGCGCACGAUAAAGGCAUCAAGCUCGUCAACUUCCCAGAACUUACCUUCACUACCUUCUUUCCUCGGCAUAUUAUUCCGUUCGGCCCAGAGCUCGAUAAAUGGUACCAGAAGGGCGACGUUACCAAAUUCGACCCAUUCAAGCCAUUUUUUGAGAAAGCAAAAGAGUAUGGCAUUGCGGUUUGCGUUGGCUAUGCAGAGCUGACGGACGACGAUGAACAUUACAACACCUCUGUUUUUGUCGACCAGGCAGGAAACAACCUAAACAAGUACCGGAAAAUGUUUCUGCCCGGUGACAAAGAGCCAUUAGAAAAUGUUCCAUGGCAGCAUUUGGAGAAGAGAUACUUUCUCGAAGGCAAUCUAAACUGGAAAGCAUUCAGAUGGCCGGGAACUGGAACCGGCCACGGAGGACCUAUUAUCGGGCAAUUGAUAUGUAACGACAGGAGAUGGCCUGAGUCGUGGAAGAUACUAGGUCUUCAGGGAGCGGAGAUUGUCUGUAUCGGCUACAACACUCCUGUUUCCAACGUGGUAGAGCCAGGCAAGGCCUCACAGAUGGUCAACUCCGAUUCAUCUGAAGCCAUGGCUACUUUCCACAACGAGCUGUGUCUACAGUACAAUUCGUACCACAACUGCUGCUACUCUUUGUGUUCUGCACGGACAGGCGUCGAUGACGGCAAGUACUCCUUGAUUGCAGGAACAACCAUUGUUGAUCCUCAGGGUGUGAUUAUUGCCAAGUCAAAAACCAACGAAGACGAGCUCGUUUGGGCUGAGAUUGAUCUUGACAGCUGCUACCCGCCAAGAAACAGAGCUUUCAACUUUGCCCGCCACAGACGUCCCGAGGAAUACAAAUUGAUAGUGGAACAGAAGGGGGUCAAGGAGCCUGCUCCGUUGGAGGAUGAAAUGUAG